CCGACUAUCUAGAUAAGGAAAAGAGCGUCUCCGGAGCUCUGAAGAAAAGUUGCAUUUUCCGUGGUUCAGCUCUUUUGUGCUAUACAGUGUGUUGAAAGGAAGUGAACACACAAGAUGAAGUUACUAGCGUUAGUGCUGGCGUCACUGAUCGCCGUCUGCCUAGCUGAACCAAAGCCUGCCAUCAACGAAGUCAAAUCGAACCAGCCACAGCAAAAGCCGGGACGAUUCCUAUCACUGCCAGUGCCGGAAAAAUGCGCGUCACGUACGAAAGCAUUUAACUAUCGCGGCCACAACUACUUCUACAGUGCGCAUGUUCCAGCUCUGGCUGACAAGCGCGUCGAUUGGCUGGAUGGACGUAACAUCUGCCGAGAAUACUGCAUGGACUUGGUGUCGCUCGAAACUCAGGAAGAAAACAAUCUUAUCUUCCGUUUGAUCCAGCAGAACGACAUUCCAUAUAUCUGGACAGCUGGUCGGCUGUGCGACUUCAAGGGUUGCGAAAACCGACCCGAUCUGGAACCGAAGAACGUCUACGGAUGGUUCUGGUCUAACAACCGUGAGAAGAUCCAAGCCACCAACAAGAUUCCCAACGGCUGGGGUUACAACCCGUGGAGCAAAUCCGGUCACAAAAAGAUCCCGCAACCGGACAAUGCUGAGUUCGAUAUCAACCAAACGACCGAGUCCUGCCUGUCUGUUCUGAACAAUGUGUACAACGAUGGCAUCGGAUGGCAUGACGUUGCUUGUUAUCACGAAAAACCUUUCGUGUGCGAAGACUCCGAAGAACUGCUAAAUUAUGUAGCUGCCACAAAUCCUGGAAUCCGUCUAUAAUUCUAUGUAGAAAGGACACCACUAGUUAAGCGUAAGAGCGUCUCCUCAGCACACCCGUAAGCUUCAUUGGAAAGCUUUUUUUCUCACACAAAAACGAACCCCACUUCAGCAAAUGGUACGUUGUCCUCAUCGUAAUUGCCAAAAAGGACGAAGCACAUCGAUUACCCAUGAACUAAAUGCUGUAACUCUUUCAUACUCACAAACAAACACCGCAGAGAAUACCUAAGCAGCGAUGUCGACGAAAGCAGAAGUUUCGAACUCAAAAGAACUUUUUCGCAAACUGCACAAAAACCAGCACUGCAAUUGUUACCUUAAUAUGUAUUUAUUUUUAAAAUAGAAUUUCAAAGGUACUUUUCCGUGUAAAUUUUUUCAGACUCAAACUGCUGCAAAGCGAAUAAUACGAAGAUUCAA